AUGCAAGGCAAUGUGUUCAAAAGGGAUCCAGAAGAUGAUCCAUUCUUAAAUUGUUCCAUCUUUGAUGGGGCCUCAACUGCCAACUUUAUUUUCCUGGUGCUUAUAUCGAUUGGCAUACUUAUCAGCUACCUUCCACAAUACAAACGUAUCUAUGACAAGAGAACCUCCGAGGGACUUUCCACCGAUUUUCUAUUGCUAGGAUCAAGUUCAUCUUUAUUUACACUCACCAAUAUCAUUUUGGUAAGCUCGCGGGCAAGGGAGUGUUGUUACAGUGGUGAACUAAGUACAUUCAAUUGUAUUAGCUCCCAACUCAAUUUAUUUCAAAUAUCCAUCCAAUGUGUAUGUGCAAUUUUGAUUUUGGUAUUUGUGCUUUUACUUACCAGAAACUCAGUCAAGCAAGACAAGCAUGAGUACAAGAGAAUAGUUACGGUGGGUAAGAUUGUCCUAUUCCACGGGUUUCUAUCCGUGGUACAGGUUAUAGCAGGAUACCUCAACACGACAACAGUGCUUUUCUCGAUAGCUAACGCCAACGGGUUGCUAUCUGCUGCUUUGACGGUCGUCAAGUACGUGCCACAGAUAUAUACUACAUACACUUUGAAACAUCCAGGAACAUUGUCAGUUGGCAUGAUGUGCAUACAAACCCCCGGUGGGUUUGUAUUCGCUGCGACGUUGAUAUUCACCAAAGGCUCGCAUUGGAGCUCUUGGGUUAGCUAUUUAGUUGCAGCUUCCUUGCAGGGCGCCCUUUUAGCCCUCUCAUUCACGGUUUUUAAGCUACCAGGCAACAGAAUAUGGCCAGUGAUACCCUCUGAUAUAUCUCGCGCCGACCCAUACAUUACCAUCCAGCAAGCCACAGAUGACCCCCUCCUCGACAAAAUAGGCCAACCUGAUUUGUAUCCUUCGAAAGAGCACUUGUACGAAGGCAAGAAAGCAAUGGUUGCAAGCGAUGUUCCAUUAUGCUCUACAUUGGGUAAGGACAUUUUGCUCAAGGGAGGUAACGCCGCAGAUGCCGCAGUCACAGUUGCUUUAUGCAUAGGGUCCAUCAACGCACACAGUUCAGGAAUUGGUGGUGGCGGCUUUAUUUUGAGCAGAAAAGUGGCUCCCGAGAAUGAGGAUGUCAUUAGCAUAGAUGCAAGAGAAAUGGCCCCAGCAUUGGCGUCAAAAAAUAUGUUUGGAAGAUCAUUCGUGUUGAGUAAGAUCGGCGGGCUUGCUAUUGCAAUUCCUGGUGAGCUCAAGGGGCUAGACCAGCUUUACAAACAACAUGGAAGCGGUCACUUAUCAUGGAAACAAUUGUUUGAGCCGGUUAUUGAGUUGAAUGAAAGAGGAUGGAAUUGUUCAAAAGUGUUUGAGACAGUGGUUGCCAAAGAAAACGAAUUAGUCUUAUCCCGGGCACCAUUUUUAAAAAAAAUGUGGGAUUUUAUAUUCACCGAAAACGGUGACCUCGUCAAGGAGGGCGACUUUAUACAACGAAAGAAUUAUGCAAAGACUUUGAGAAUGAUUGCAAAUAAUGGAAGCAGUGACAUUUUCUACGACCCGGAGGGUCCAAUUGUGCCAUCAUUAGUUGACACUAUUGCUAGAUGGGGUGGAAUAAUCACACCACAGGAUUUUGCCAACUACAGAGUAAAUGUUGAAGAGCCAUUGACUACGUCUAUUUAUGGCCACACUCUCUACACUAGUAAUGGGAUUUCUUCAGGAAUUUCCUUGAUUGCCGGUUUAAAUUUUUUCCAUGCUGUUUACAAUGGAUCAGAUGAUGCCGUUUUAUUCAACCAUAAAUUAAUUGAAAGUUUCAAAUGGUCAAGUUCAGUUCGUACUCGCUUGGGCGAUUUCCCUGGCAGACAAAAGGUGAUUGAAAAGUACAACGAUGACAAAUGGAUCGAUGAUAUUCUUAAACACGAUAAAUUUUCACCAAAUGAAACGUUUCUGUGGGACAAUUAUGAUCCAAAAUACGAUAUGGUUGAUCCCCAAGGCACGUCUCACUUUUCAGUGGUUGAUAAAGACGACAAUUCAGUCGCCAUGACCACUACUGUGAAUUUACUCUUUGGGUCAAUGAUUUAUGACAAGCGUACCGGAAUAGUUCUUAAUGAUCAAAUGGAUGAUUUUAGCCAGCCCAAUGUUAGCAAUGCAUUCAAUCUAACACCAUCGAUAUACAAUUUUGUCCAUCCUGGCAAGAGACCAUUGAGUUCAACUGCACCGACAAUCAUAACUUUCAACAAUAAAAGUGAUUUAGUAAUCGGUGCAGCCGGCGGUAGUAGAAUCACCAAUACGAUCCUCCAGGCAAUAGUGAGAAUGUACUACAGGAACAUGGGGUUACUUGAGACCAUUGCAUACCCCAGAAUGCACCAUCAAUUGAUUCCUGAAGAUGUUAUGAGUGAAAACAUUACCACUUUUUCAGAAGAGCACAAAGGAAGUGGCAUUGUUGGACAAUUGGAAAACAAGAGACACACAUUUUUGGAGACAGGGGCAUUGACAGCAAUGAAUGGAAUAAAAAGAUUAAAGAGUGGAGCAUUGCAAGGUGUUAGUGACUAUUGGAGAAAACGGGGAGAGGCAGAUGGGUAUUAA